ACCUAUUCUUUCCUCAUCUUCAGAUGGUGGCUAGAAUUUGUAAGGAUGAAUGUUGUGAAAUAACACACUGUCUUUGUAUGGUAUUUCAGGGGUGGCAUCUGAAGCUCAGGUGGAUCAGCAAUAUUUGUGUCUUUUCAUAGUUUUGAGUUGACACACCUUCCUACCCUGAGGUGUUUCCCUGACAGCUCCACUGAUGGAAGGAGGAGAUUAAAUCUCUGCAUGGAUUAAAAUGAGAAACCUGGUGAUCCCUGCUCACCACAGGAGGGCAGUUGCCAAAGUGAACGUCUGAGCCAGUGACACUACAAACACGUGGAGUGCAUGCAGCAACGCCCCGUGAAACAGUCCCUGAGUGCUUGCAUGUGCCGAGAAUCCCACUGGAAAUGCCUCCUCCUCUCCAUCCUCAUGUACGGCUGCCUGGGUGCAGUGGCCUGGUGUCAGCUGGCCCGAGUCACCAAGCUCAGCUUCGAUAGCUCCUUCAAGGGCAAGUCCAUGAUCUACCACGACAGCCCGUGCUCAGAUGGCUAUGUCUAUAUCCCACUGGCCUUCCUCUCUAUGCUGUAUGUGGUGUACCUGGUGGAGUGCUGGCACUGCCACGUCAAGAGAGAGCUGCAGUACAAGGCAGAUGUGGACAGUGUCUAUGAAUGCAUCAGUCGCAUGCAGCAAGCCACUCCAUGCAUCUGGUGGAAGGCCAUCAGCUACCACUUUGUACGGCGAACCCGGCAGGUGACCCGCUACCGCAAUGGCGAUGCCUACACCACCACACAGGUCUACCAUGAGAGGGUCAACACACACGUGGCUGAAGCUGAAUUUGACUACUCUCACUGUGGAUACAAGGACAUCUCCAAGGAGCUCCUGGGCUUGGAGAGCCAUACAGCCACCAAGCUGAGGUUCACCAAGUGUUUCAGCUUUGCCAAUAUUGAGUCUGAGAACUCUUAUCUGACUCAGAGAGCUCACUUCUUCACAGAGAUUGAGGGGCUGGAUGACUACAUGGAGGUGAGGGAAGGCAUGCAGCUUAAAAAUGUGGAUUUUAAAGAGCUUAUGAUGGCCUAUGGAGACCCGGAUCACCUCCCGUGGUAUGUGUCCCACUAUGCUUUCUGGGUGGCAGCUAUCCUGAUGAUCUCGUGGCCGCUCAGGGUACUCAUAGAGUAUCGGACUGCUUAUGUCCACUACCAUGUGGAGAAGCUGCUGGGCCUGGAGUAUACAGUGCCCAGCACGGCAGAGGAGCCCUUGUACCGGUACCGCAUGCCCCGAGACACCACGCAGGACAGCACCGAGCUGGAGUGGCACAUCUGCACCAACCGGCAGCUGAUCCCUAGCUACUCGGAGGCCAUGCUCAUGGACCUGGCCAACUCCCCGACCUACAACAGCUACACAGUGCAUCGGUACGGCGAGGCAGCCCAUGGCUGUGAACGCUGCAACCAUGCCUCCAGCACCUCCUCCAUCUUCUCACGCCAUGCUUUCCACAGCUGCAGCGGCAACUCCCGCCUCUCCCUCAACACCAGCCGCUUCUCCCUCUGCCGCAUUCAUGGCUCCCACAGGACAGGCCUUUGGAGGAGCCGCAGCAGCAGCAUUGCAGAGCGGGGCUGCCAGGAUGAGCAGUGCUGCUCCUACUCUAGCCAGCUGGCUGUCAACGAAAGCCCCCCAACCUACCAUGAUGCCCGGUUCUUCCCCGUCCUGAUUGUUCACAGGCCGGAGGGGCACGAUGGACGGCAUUUCUAUGUCAGGCGUUCCUCCUGUCUAGAAACCUCUCUGUGACAGGUCUCCAUGGUUACUUGGCUUCUCUGCCCCAUGACACAGAUUGCAGAGGUGCCACCAGUGGGGAGCCUACAAGCAUCAGUCUCCACAGCAGGUCAGCAGGACGAGCUUCAGCUCUUCCCCCUGCCGUUGCAAGAGGACAUAUUCACUCCGACCAAGAGAUAACCUCAUUUCCAAGACCUUCUCCCCCUCUGGCUGGUCUCCUUAAUCUUUUCUUUUGUUCCCCAUUCCUCUCACUUUUUCGCUCCUCACCCUUUCUCUGCUCCUCGAUUCCCUGCAUCUCCUCCCAUCCCACCCACAGUGUUUUUUAAGGUUUCAGUCAUAUUUAACUGCUGUGGCUACUGGAAGAUUUUUAAAGCCUGUGCUUGGCCAGUACAUUUGCCCUCUUGGAUGCUUUGCAAGGUAAGAAACUCAGAUAGAGUAAGGCGCAAGGCCCGUAGCCAGCCAGAGUCAACUCAGAAGGAGAAUUCAGAUCUGCAGGUGCUGAGUCACCUCCUGCAAACCCCAAACGAGGUGCUUUUUUUUAUUAUUUUAUUUUCCCGAAAUUUUUUCCUCUUCUUCUGCCAUUCUUUCUCUCCUUUCUUCAUAUUCUCCUCCUCUUGCUUUACCUUCAUCUUCCUUUUUUUUCAGUUCUCUUAUUUCUGCUUUCCAGUUUUUCUGGGCUUUUGUCAGUGAGGAUAUCUUUAAGGGUAUAAUUGGACAAAAGUAAGGUUGUCACAGCACAAAUGUCACUGACUGCUUACACAGCCACAAAUUAUUAGGCCCCUGAGAAGUGCUGAGGACUUUCUUCCAGGAGCAGUGACAUACACCAAUAAAGCAAAAUGCCCUUUGCUCACCUUGCCCUGCCUGGUUUGCAGCAGAGACGCUGCUGUGUUUCCACCUAUAGUUACCCUUGUCCAGCUCCACCCUUGUUAGCAAUCGUUGAGAGCCAUAACAUAGAUCAGUGCCCUGUUAGUGCCACUAUUUUUAGGACUGUAGGUCUGUGGUUGUUUCAUUCCUACCACCUGCUCAGUGCAGUGCAGGCUUCACAAGGGAAGAGGGACUGGAGAGGGAGAGGUAAAUAUGGUAUUAACCCUCCCACAGAGAGUCUGGAGCUGUUAGGAAGCUCUUCCACCCACAGUGUCUAUUACAGCAGUUGUCGGACUGCUCUACGUUAUCUUUAAGUUUUCUGUGUGCCCUGGGGAGGGCUUUUGGCCCACAGCCCACUGCCACCUUCCCAGGCAAGAUGCAGUGACACCCCAGCCCCAGGCAGAGAGCACAGCUGGGACCCAGCCCCACUGGCCACUCCUGCUUGGACCUCCAGGCUCUUCCCACAAGGCUUCCCCUGGAGCAGGUGUAGCACCUUCCAGAAUUAGUCCCAGCCAUUCCAAAUCCAGAAGGUGUCUGGCCCUGACAGAGCACACACUGCACUUUGGGCUGUGGGAUGCCCUCCAGACCUGGCCAGAGACCCUCCCAGAGCCAGAGAUUGAUCCAAGAAACUUGUGGCCACACUGAGGACCCACCAGGGACUUCCCACCUGCCAAACCUCUGUCCCAUGAGGGAUGGUCAUAUGCUGAGCAAGCUCCACACCAUUUUGUCAAGUGGCUGGUGGACAUUAUUGUCCACUCUGACUCACAGGAGAAUGCAAUACAACUGCAAUACGGUCACUGUCAAAAACAAAGUGAUGUGUCACCCUACCUUACAAGUAGGUAAGAAACUGAGUCCCCGGAGGGACUGGCAACAAGUGCUUCCUCCCAAGUCUGUUCUGUGUGUAUCAACAUGCGAUAUGAGAUCUGGAAAGUCAUAUUAGUAUGUGUAGAUUAUAUGUAAGUCUGCAUACUUAUGGCAUUGACUGUUGCACCAUGAUAAAUACAUUUUGGUUUGGUUUGGU